AAGAACGUCGGUCGAGGUAUGCAGUUAACUCUGGGAGUGAACGGUUUGAUUGCAGCUAGCUCUGGGACUGAACGAUUUGAUCUUCGCUAUUUCCUCAGUGGGAAGUAACUGCUCCAACAUUCGGAGAUAUUGAGCAAAGAUCCAAGGUGUGACAUCAGAGAUGUGGCACAUCCACGUGUAAAGGCAUGUCCCCAGCAAAGAUAUUUCCUAAACCUAUUUUUUCUUAUAUUUGGAACCUCCCCGGGCUGUCCAUUUGUUGUUGCUGCAAGCCUUAUCUUCUCUCUCACUCCCUUCCUCUCACUAAUGGCGUCCACCUCCUUCUUUCACAUCUUCCCGCACCUGAAACCCUCUCCAUCUUACAAUUUAUCAAACUCGCCAAAGCUUUCUCAUUCAUCAAAGAAAACAGUCAUAAAGUGCUCCUCCCAACCUCAGCAAUCCCAAUCCCAAUCCCAACUGCCGCAAACAACGGAGCUAGAAGAAGGGCAAGAGAAUUCCCCAAUCCAAAUAAGGUCUAAAGCUCAGCUAGUGAGGGAGAAGAAACCAUCAGACUUAGCCAAAACCGAGCCACCCAACUUCGAGAUAGGAUGGAAGAGAACAAAGAAGCUGCCGCUAGAGAAGAAGAAAGGGUAUAUGAUCAUGGACUUCUUGGACAAGUUGGAAGGUUUGAUGAGCAGGCAGUACGGAACCACCGAGUUGUUGGCAAAGGCUGGAGGAAUAGUGGCAGAGAGGGUGAGGGAAGAGGCUGAGAUCUUGAGGAACAAAGGAGAGGUCGAUGACAGGUUGGUAGUUGAGCUUUUCAGAGUGCUGAAGUUGAUGGAGAUGGAGCUUGAGAUGGUGAAGGCUGCCAAAAAGGAGGAGACGUUGAAUGAGAGGCUGGAGCAGGCUAAGGCUAGGUGCAGACAGGCCAUUCUGGUUGCUGAUUCUUUCUGAGUUCCCGAGUCAAUCUUUUGUUCAAACUGGGCAUGGUAAUGAGUUGGUUUCUUUGUAGGAGGGCACUGUAGAGAUCCAUAGUGACCUAGUUUCAAGUCUUUUGGCUUUCCACGCCGGGAUUCGGGAACAUGAAUUCGAGGGUAAAUUUGGUUUUGCCUGAUGAAAUUCCACAUUUCCCUGAGAAUCGUGAGCGUGUUCGUGAGCUGCGCACCUUAGAAAUGGAGCUCAUGGCCUUGGCUACAUCCGCGGUGAUGAAAAGGAAAUCAGUUGCCUAUGACUUUCUUCUUUUUUCCUUAGAUAAACCAAUCACCUUCUGUCGUGUGUUUCGAGCUAAAUGACGUUUUCUCAA